GAAACAGUCUACGGAGUGUUACCGCACGCGCAUGACGUGCGAGUUGCCUCUAUAAAAUGCGGCGCUGGCACAAAGGCUGGGUUGAAAGCAUAGUAGCCGACAUGUUGCCUAUUACCAUACUAACGUUGCUUAUUACUAGUAUUAUUAUUUCGAGGAUACAAGCAGAGGAGCAUGAAGAACUAAAAGCGGAACUCAGUGGAAUGCGGACACCUGCGUAUAAAAACGAUCGUGUAAUUGAAGCCCUAAUGAGACAGAAAAGAGACACUCUCAAGAUUGUUCCAAAAUCAUACGUAGAGCAGACAAAUCAUGUUGAUGAAUUACAAAGAGGUAAAAGGCUGCGACGAGGCUUGCCGAAAUUUGAUAAUUUUCUGAGUGGCCUUGACAAAAAAUUGAGUUCCCAUGAUAUUACCUCAAACAGAACUGGACUAGUAAAUUAUUUUGCUUCCCGACUUUACCAAGAAAACGUCACUUUUCCCGAAAAUGAGGGAAAAAACGACGUGUAUGGAUCCCGAGACGUGCAAAUUGGCAAUACUUUUUCUGACAAUCCUAAUGGAACGAAUGUGUAUGGACCUAUUCUCGUACAAAAUAAUAAUAUCUAUCGAGGGAAGAAUAAAAAUGCUCAAUACGGAGCUAGUAUUACGCAAAUUGGUAACAGAUAUCCUGAGCAUCCUGGUAUAAAUGAUAUCUAUACUGGCGUAGUCGUUCAGAAUGGUAACACCUACUCAGUAAAUCCCGGAAAUAAAACUUCGUUUGCAAUUAAUGUUAAUCAAUCUAACAAUACUUAUCCGGAAUCGAUAGAAAAUAACAAUGACGCAUUGAAGCCAAUCAUCCAUCAAAGCGGAAACUUUUAUCCCUCCAGUAAUGACUCAGAAGCUGGAAUGAGGACAAAAUAUAACACAGAGAGCCAAGGAGGUUCUGUGGAGCAGAAUACAUCUGACAGUCAAGGAAAUUCAUCAUCUACCAAUUAUGAUUCUGACUCAAGCUCAUAUAUAGAAAGUACGACACUACGUUAUGAGGAGAGAGAAGCAUAUGCAAACAAGCACACCAAACCUAACGGACAAAUAAGUUUGUCAUCUAAUGUAUUUUACUCACUUUCAUAUUCUUUCAUCAUAUUGCUGAAAUAUGUUCAAUUUCAGUAUUAAACACUAAAAGUUAUUCAAAAUUCUAUCUAAUAUACCAGCUAUAUUAUUAUAUCCGUUAAAAGUUUUCAUUUAUCUCUUACACAUAUCCUCCGUAUCAUAUGUAAUUGCAAACAAACUGCGUGAUACUUACUGAUUAAUCCUUAAAAUUCACAUAUUCUAGCAAUAUGACUGAAAUUUAUUUUCUAUUAUCAAUCGGUUCUGUUAUUGAAAUUACAGUAUCUAUCAACCAUUCAUUUGGAUCUAUUAGUUAAAUCAAAU